AUGCCGCAACUGCAGCGGUCGGGCCCCUCUAUCGUGAAGACGCGCCAGGGCAGCGUGCUCUCGCGCGGAGUGAUCCUCAAGACGGACCACUAUCCCUCAGGCCGCGCCCUGGAUCUUGAUAUCAACGUGCACGGCGCCCCCAACUUCCGCGCACCGAGGCAAGGCAGUUUGAACGUCUAUGGUGUCGCGCAGCCGCGCACGCAGGGCCUGCGUGCGAUCCUGUCGGUGCUGCGCUGUCGACCGAACCUCCCCAAUCCAACGCACGUUGUGUGGUUCUGCACUCGUGAAGAGCCCAUAGUGUACAUAUCAGGACGGCCGUUUGUCCUUCGCGACGCGUCAGAACCGCGACAAUCGCUAAGAUUGUCGGACCGCGCUGAAAACCUAGAAGACAUCGAAAGGCGACUGAAAAAUGACAUUCUCGCGGAAUCUGCCAAAUUCGGCGGACUUGUGCUCACGCACAACGAAGUCGCUUCGGACACUGGCGAGGGUGCCAUCCUCCCGACAUGGACUGCCGUUGACCAGAACAAUGUUCGAACACAGCGCGAGCUCAUGGAGUACAUGAAGAAAGAGGGCUGGAACGUCGAGUACCAUCGGUAUGUCGUGAACAACUAUCUGGACGCCUACCUUCGUGUUAUCAAGCAGGCCGACCCUCUUGAGACCGCUCUGGUUUUCAACUGUGGUAUGGGCGCGGUCCGUACUACCUUCGCCAUGGUAGCUGCCUGCAUAGUACGCAGGAAGCAAUUCAUUGAUCGCGGACUGGAAGAUCCAUACGCCCCACGAAGUUCAUCGAGGCCAGUAUCUGGGAUAAAUACACCUUCGGGGAUGUCACCGCCCACAAACGCUAAGAUAUUGCAAGCUCUUGAACAAGCCAAUGCUCAGCAAGACAUGAACCGCUCUCUCCUCCGCAUUACCCACAUCCUUCAGCAACAACUUGACGGGAAGAACUCUCAAGGAGCUAUCGAGCUGCUCCUCACUCAGCCCUCACUCUUGGACAGCUUACAGAAGGCACACAUGGGUAACUACGGCAUCAUUCUGAGUCUGCUCGGAGUCCUCGAGCACGGCACCAAGGCAAAGAAGCUCGUCGAUAGCAUUAUCGACGUCUGUGAUCACGUCGUCAACCUUCGCGAGGAUAUCUUUUUGAACCGGAUUCGUUAUUCGCUCACUACCAACGUGGAUGACACUGAGCGGGAGAACUUCCUCAGCAGAGCCGUUAAAUCGCUUGAGAAGUACUUCUUCAUGAUCGCCUUUGCCAACUACGUCGAGAUGCAAGACGACUUCGGCCAAAGCUUUGCAGAUUGGUUGAAGGCGAGGACCGAGAUCUGGAACCAAGUAUCAUUCCUCCGGCGAGCACACGGCUCCAAGCUUAGCGUUUUCACGCCUAUCAACGACCUCUCGACGCUUUCAAGAACGGGCGGCGACCGCCGUGCUCUCUUGCCCGGUCAGGAAAACAACGUCGCUAUUGCAGGUGGUCAGAUCCUUGGAGACGAGUACUCCGAUCAUGUCGUGAGGAAUCGGAGCGGAAUUAUCCUCAGAGAAGGGACCCUACUCAAGUCCGACCAAUGGUUCAGUCGCCAAUCUCACGUUUCAGACGGCGUGCGCGGAGCCAUCAAUUUCCGCAACAUACCCGGGACCAGCAUCUAUGCACUUGGCCAGCCAACCCUGGAGGCCAUUGACGAGGUUGUGCGGAGGGUGCAUGCCAAUCACCCCGAAGCUACUCGGAUCAUGUGGAUUACGUUACGCGAGGAGCCGAUUGUAUACGUGAAUGGCGCCCCAUACUGUCUGCGCAGGGAGCGUUUCUCGCUGCGAAACAUGAAGGACUACGGAGGGAUCUCUUCAUCUCGUCUGGAAGUGCUAGAAGAGCGUCUCCGUGAUGAUGUUGUCAAUGAAGUUCAGACUUUCGGUGGCAGGUUGCUUCUGCAUACAGAGACACCCGACGGGUCUGUCGUUCCGAUAUGGGAGGAAGUUGACAGUAACAACAUCAUGGUCCUCAAGGAUGUGAUGGCUGACCGCAGGCACGCUGCCGAGCACCUCGAGCUCGGAUACGCUCGUAUUCCUAUUACCGCCGAGCGUCCUCCAGAUUUCACCGAUCUGAGCGAGCUCAUCGAAGUGAUGAUUCGGAGCAAUGCCAGUGGUGCUCCGGUUGUCAUAAAUUGUCAGCUCGGCCGUGGCCGGAGCACAUUGACAUCGGUCAUCCUCUUACUCAUUCAGCAAUGGCUUGCGAACGCCACGACACUCCGAGACCCGACCACGCCUGGCCCGCUGCAGCGCACAAUGACCGCCACGUCUAUCGCCACUAUCGCUGACUUUACCCCGCAUCGUGCCACGCGGCACUCGUACCAGAUCAUCAACAACCUCCUGCGCGUGAUUCGCAAGGGCCCGAUGGUGAAACAGGCGGUCGACGACGCGAUCGACCAGUGCGCGGAGGUGCUUAACCUGCGCGACGCGAUCGAGGAGGCGCGCACGCGCGCGGAGCAGGAGGCCGACGAGCGGCAGCGCCGGCUGUACUCGCACCGCGGCCUGCAGAACCUCCGGCGGUACUUCGAGCUCAUCAUCUUCCAGGCGUACCUGCAGAGCACCGAGCCGGACACGAUGCAAACCCACGAGUCGUUCGAGUCGUUCGUCAAAAACCGGCCGGUGAUCAAGACGUUCGAGAAGGAGCUCCUCACGGAGAACCUGAGCACACUCAAGCCGCUCGAGCGGAUGGACGUUGCGGGGGGCGUGCCAUUGCCGGACGAAGUGCGCAGCAUUGUCGCGAACCGGUCGGGGAGCAUCCUGUCGGCGUCGACGAUCCUCAAGAGCGACUUCUUCUCAAACUUGCAGAAAAUGAGCCUUCCAGAGCGUAUCGAGGGUGCACCAAAUUUCCGACGGGUGCCGCUGGCGCUCCGGCUUGUCGCGACUCCUCUUCAGUCCCCUACGGCAGACAGCUUCGACCACCUGGACUUCAUCACGGGUACCGACAACAAAUGGGUGUGCGGGAGUGGGAUGCCAACUGUAGACGGCCUGCGCCGAGCUCUUCAAAGGGUGAACGCCCAUCCAGAUGGGGACCACAUGGUGUACUGGACCUCCUUGCGAGAAGAACCGGUCAUUUACGUUGCUGGUCGCCCCCAUGUCCUCCGCUUAACAGACAAGCCAUUGGAAAAUGUCGAGGCCACCGGAGUCACCACGGCCGUCGUGGAGUCGAUGGAGGAGAAUUUCAAACGUGAUGUCAUUCGAGAGGUCCGCGCGGGCUCAGGCCGCAUCCUCCUGCACGAUGAGGUUGAGGAACGUCCUGGGGUGUUCUCAAUCAUCCCCAUCUGGGAGCAGGUGGAGGAGAAGGACAUCAUGACGCCUCGCGACGUCUACAACUUGAUGGUCGAAGAAGGGUACAAGGUUGAUUACGCCCGUGUGGCUGUGACGGACGAACAGGCACCACUCCCCGGGGCACUGUCGCAGAUGCUGACGCGCGUGCGCUCAGGGCUCCAGAGCGGGCGCGCAGUCGAUUUCGUCUUCAACUGCCAGAUGGGCCGCGGGAGGACGACGAGCGGGAUGGUGACGGCGUGCCUGAUCGCGACGACGAUGAACUGGAAGCACGAGGCGGAGAUGAGCUACCAGGAGGACGAGGAGCGGAACGCGCACUCGCUAGACCAGUACGACUCGAUCGACGGCCCGUCCGAGGAGGAGGCGUACUUGCAAGGGGAGUAUAAGGUCAUCUUACAGCUCGUCAGCGUGAUGUCUCACGGCAAGCUGGCGAAGCGCCUUACGGACCGGGCGAUCGACCAGAUGCAAGACGUACAGAACCUGCGCAAAGCGAUAUACGACUACAAACUCAAGAUGCAGGCGAGCGAGAAGGGAAGCGCGAAGCAACGCAAGCUGAUGGACAUUGGCGUGAACUACCUCUACCGAUACGGGACAUUGAUUGUGUUCGCCAACUACCUCAUCGAGAUCCGAGAGUCGAAGACGGGGGAGGUGAGCUUUCCGUCAUGGCUGGAGGAGAGGCGAGAGAUUACGAUGUUGCUCGGGCGUCGGACGCUGGAUUGA